AACGUAAACAUGACUGACGUGGGAUGAAGCUCCUACAAUGAUUUAACAAUGUCUUGCCAGCUGAAUAUAUUUGCUGAUUUUCAUGAUAUAAAUGGAGUUAAGAACUUUCUCUUUCCCGAACUAAAGUCUGAACUACGAGAUGCUGAAGAAAAUUCGGAGAAUGAGAACUGGGAUGAAGAUUGGGGAUCAUGGGAUGAGCAGGGAGAGGAGGCAAUCCCAGAGAAAAGGGAGGCACCAGAAUCAGAUGACAAACUCCAAUGGCUGCAGGAAUGUGUAUUCUCACUGUCCCCAGCAAAUGAUAUUAUGGCAAUAGCUUACAAUGACAAAUGUGUUUUGUUGUCACAGAAGUUUAAUAAUGGAGGGAGUAAUUCUGGCAUGGAUACUAAAUUCAAGACUGUGUGGGAAGGUAGCUUACGACAAGAAGAAGGAGAAAAGAUAACAGCAAUGAUGUGUCUUCCACUGGCUUCACAGAAAAGGAGUAUGCAGGGUGGCCCGGACUGGACUUGUGUCAUUGUUGGCUUCUCUUCUGGCUACAUCAGAUUUUAUACAGAGACAGGGACCUUGUUGCUAUCACAGUUAUUACACAGUGAACCAGUUCAAAGGUUAAAGUGUAGAACCUAUGAACCACCACGUUACCUUGGUGAUACAGAACAGCAUGAAGAGCUGCUCAUUCUGUUUAAGAGAGCCGUGGUUACCAUUGAUGGAUUCAGCUUAUUUCAGUCCCUGCGAGCUUGUAGAAACCAAGUGGCAAGAGCUACAGCCAGUGGGUCUGAGCCCGUGUUACAAGCUCCACCAUUAGCAUACAAAAAGUGGGCAUUACAAGAUCAGGAGAAAAUCCUGGAUUUAUGUAGUUGUGGUGUGAACACUCCCAAUCCAUUUGACCAAAUAAGAACAGCAGCCAUGAUAGGGGGAUCCUCUGCUUACAUAAGACCAACCCCACCAGCUGCAGGUCUCUUUAUUUCCUCAGGAGUGGGUCCAUAUGUGGGAUUUUUUUAUGCUGUUGAGGGCAGUACUCAGCCAAUAUUGUCAGAUGUUGCAUAUGCAGUUGCACAUAAACUAAAGUCAGCCAUUAUGUCUGCUGCAAGUGGAUGGUUAGGAUUUGGAAGCAAGAACAAAGAAGAAGAGAAACAGAGACCAAAGAUUGAGCCUUCCACUCCAUUACCUCAUAGAUUUGGAUUGCCAGACAAGAGAAGACAGGGAGAUAAUAUUUACCUAUCACCAAACAAUAACUAUGUCGCUACAACAGACAGCUUUGGUCGGGUCAUAUUGGUGGAUGUGGAGCGUGGAACAGCCGUCAGAAUGUGGAAAGGUUACCGUGAUGCUCAGUUGGGAUGGGUUCAAGUCAAGGAAGAUGUUCACCAUGGGAACAAAGACAACGACAAAGAACGAAUAGCUCAGUUCUUAAUUAUUUAUGCUCCUAGAAGGGGGAUUUUGGAGGUAUGGACUGCAGCCAGUGGUCCAAGAGUAGCAGCAUUCAAUGUCCCCAAGCAGUGUCGACUGAUCAGUCCUGGCUAUGGAAUGAUGGGAUUGAACAAUGUGACCUGUAAAGGGGUCAAGGGCAAAAUGUUCCAGUGUGCUAUUAUUGAACCCUCAGGGAUCAUUAAGUCACUAGAUAUUCCAUUUCACUUAGCUCUGAGUGACAAGAACAGCAAGAGAGCCAGAGACCUCCAUCUUUUGAAGAAAUUAAAACAACUUCUGAAGGACAGUAAAGUGGAGUCAAGUGAGCUGCAGUCUGAUGUCAUCCAAUUACUUCAGGACAUGAGGAUAUCUGACAUCUCUCAGCAGGGUGUAGAGAGAGUGUUGUCCACGAAGUACCUGUCCUCACAAUUCAUGCAGGAAGUUCUCAAGUCCUGUGUCACUCACAUCACAAACAGAGGCCAGGACAGCCAGGACAUCAAUAGUAAAUUACUGGUUCGUUUUUGUCAGACACAGACAGAUCUUUUACAGAUGUACGACAAAAUUACAGAGAGUCCAAUUCAGUCUGAGACAACAGACAGGGAUAUUACUGAGGUUUUGAUGGAGAACCUUCACAUCACAAACUCAGAGAGCACACACAUUGUAAAUCAGAUGAAUACUGACAAGCCUCAGAGUGAUACAGAUCAAGAGGUCAGAAGAGUCAGAUUUGACAUUCCAGAUUUCUUUCAUCCUAGUGACUUCCUCAGCUGUUUUCAGUUCCAGCCACAUUUGUCAGCACAAGAUUCCAUGAAAGAAAAAUUAAUAACAGUGUCUGACAAUAUUUCACAGGAAACGAAAGUUGGACUGGGUAAAUUUAUGUACUCUCAAUGCACAAGCUCUAAAGGAUCAACAGAUACUCUGUCGUCUGUAAUACAGAAUUGCAGCAUAUCACCCAAUCUCUUACUAGACUUGCUGGUACUUUACUGGUUGUCAGAAGAACAAAGAAUGCUACAAAUGAUCCCAAACCUUCAUCAUAUUCUCAAAGUUCUUGUUUCCCUCACAGACAAGAGCAAUGUCCUAGCAAAGCCUAACAAGCCUGCUAUUUGGUGGAAGAAGAUCCGAUACUCAUGUGCCCACAACUCUAAUGUACAGGCUGCCUACAUACUGGCUCUAGUGUGCCGGUCACUGUGUGUACAAAUAAUUGAGAAUCAGUCCAAGGGAAAGGACCCUGAUGCUGACACCGAAGUUAAGGAAGAGAGGCCCUCAGAGGGAGAAGAGAGGUCCGCAGAAGGAGGAGAAAGUUCUCCCAAUCAUGAUGUCGAGGAGUGGAAUCUGUUAGUUAAACAAUUAGAGGAUGUUCUAGCUCUGAAAAAUCUUCUUAGUUUUGGGAAAGUGGACCACAGCACAGAGGUGUCGGUCUCCAAGAUAUUGGAGGGAGGACGGGGGUCAAUAUCUGAGGCUGUGGCCUACUUGAUAGCCAGCAUGGAGCUGCAUCCUGGGGAUUUAUACGACACUAGUAUCAUGGACAGCACAGAGAGAAUGGAGAUUGGUACAGAUUCAGAAAAUUCUACUCAAAGUACAGCUGUUAAAAAAUUACAAGGUUAUCUGAUAGAGUUACAAAAGAGGUUACCCCACAGUCUGGAAAAUGAAGUGUUAUUGUGUAACUGCUGCUGGGAGAAUGCUAUCAUCUGGUUCAAAGAUUUAGAUAAAGUUCAUCAUUUGGGUUUUGCAAUGGAAUACUUGAAACUAGUCACCAAUGCUGUAUUAAGACAUGGAGUUGCCUCCAUGUUGUGGCAUCGCUUUGUGAUGAAGAAAUUCCAGGCUUUAGCUCAGCUAAUGGAGAAGGUUGGGAAAGUUCCAAAAGACAGACUCUGCAGAAAGGAAGUUGGUAUGGGGGAAUCUUUCAUGCCUGCAUUUGCUGAGUACUCAGUUGAUCUCAUUCAGGUGCUCCGAGAGGCAAACUGCGAGAUGAAUGAGGUUCCAGUGUUUAACAUAGAGCCAGUUUGGCAAAUGGUUAGGGGGCCAUCAUCUCUAGUAGAACAAGCCAUUGAACAGAAGAUGACAAACUAUGGCCUGCUGUCCCAUCACUAUCACCUGGCAGUCAUCAUGUCUGCUGUUCUUACAUUCAACAUGAAGUCAGCCAAGGUUCUCUCACUGUUUGACUCGAAGGGAAAGCAUGCGUUUUUUAUUGAUUUUACCCAGCAUCCUUUGCUUCCUUCACAGAAUGUUGACUCUUCUCUGUCAUCCAAUCGCAAAGAGUUCUUAGCCAGAAUUCUUACAUAUGCUGUGAGCACACUUGAUUCGUCUCAAGCUUCCCCUAGUCAUAAUCUGCAUCAAGUUUCCAAAAAGGAUGCUGCUGCUACAAAAUGGCCGACUCUUGUUCUAGAGAUUGCCAAGGAUUUUGGUCUUGAUUUAGAUUUCUUCAAACGUCAGCAUGUGAUAGAGUUGUAUUCUAGUGGACAUGAUAAAAAGGCGGAAGAGGUACUACUGACAGUGAAUGACCGUGAGUUCAUGGGGUCACAACUGUUGUUGGUCGCUGGGAGACGAGUAGCCCAUUAUUUGUUGGAGAGUCAUAAAAUGGAGGGAGUGGAGCUGUUAUCCAAUGUGUCCCCCACUCUGUCGACAUGGCUGCGUUCACUGGAACCUGGACAUCUAAGAAAACCAGAAGCAGAUGUAAAAUCUAUUGCUAUGCUGGUCCAUCAUGUAGCCAACUAUUUACCAGAGGGCACAUCAGAAUAUGAACUUGCCAUUUCUUUAGUAGACUUGGUGCAGUCUAUGCAUUAACUUAUUUUGACAUUUUAAUAUUAAAUUUAAAUUUAAUUAGUUAUUAUUUAAAGUUAGAAAAAUUUUGCUCUGAUUGUUGUAUCUGAAACAUUUAUUUUGAUUGCAAGUUGUUGCUUCCAGCUGAACUCAGACUUUUGCAUAAUAUAGAUUCAUACAAUUAAAUGGAAAUUAACUACAAUUUAAUGAAAAUAAAUCAACCAGAAAUAGAUUUAAAUAUACCGUUCCUGUUGUUAAGAUUUUUCCUUAUUUAAUUAAACAAACGAAAAAAACUGCUUUUUGCAUGAACUGUUCUAGAUAUACAUAUACAUGCA